AUGAUUCCAGCAGGUGGCAGAAGAUCUAAAAUAAGACCACCAAGAAAAUCAUUAAUCAGUUCAUCUUCUUCAAUAGAAAAUUCUACCACCGAUCCAACUAUAGAUUUUGAUAAAAAUUGGUCCAUAUUAGAAAAUGCAAUAUCUCAAAUUCAAAAUAAAAAUGUUUCCAACUUAUCUUAUGAACAAUUAUAUCGUAAAGCUUACGUCUUAGUACUACGAAAAUUUGGAGGAAGAUUAUAUGAUAAUGUUGGGAAUGCAAUCAAAGAACAUUUAUUGAAACAAAGAUCAAAAUUAUUAAUUUCAUCAAGUCAUGAACAAUUUAUGCAAAUUUUAAUACGUGAAUGGGAUGAACAUUUACAAAGUAUGAAAUUUAUUAGCGACGUGUUAAUGUAUUUGAAUAGAGUAUACGUAAAGGAACAAAAAAAGUUAUUAAUAUACGACUUGGGUGUACAACUUUUUAAAGAUUACAUUAUAAUGUAUAAUAAUAAUGAAAUUGGAUCGAAAACUACAGAGAUAAUACUAGAAGAAAUUACAAAAAGUAGGAAUGGGAUAGUGAUCACUUCAAAUAUGUAUAUAACUAAGAUAAUACAAAUGAUGGAAAUGUUGGUUGAAAAUAAUCAAUCAUUAGAUGUUCAAUAUGGUGAAAAUUAUUAUCAAUCUAUAUUCGAGCCUGUAUUUUUGAAAAAUUCAGAAAAUUUUUUUCAAAUGUUAUCAAAAUCUUACGUAGCUUUAAAUCUGGGAUCAAAAUAUUUGCAUGCUACUUCGCAAUUUAUAAAAGAUGAAGAAAAUAGAAUAAAAUUUUAUUUACCUCUGUCAACUCAUCCAAAAUUAUCAAGUUUAAUGGAUAAUAUAUUAAUUAAAGAUAAAAUUGAUAAGAUGAUACUACUACCUAAUGAAGGUUUAAAAUAUUGGCUUGAACCAGUGCUAACAAAUCUUUUAAGAGACGGAAUUAUAGAGUCAAAUCAUUAUACUGAAUUAAAAUUGUUAUAUCGACUUAUUGGAAGAAUUGAUGAUGAAUUUCAACUAUUAAGAAUUAGAUUGAAAGAAGCUAUAAUUGCACAAGGUUUAUUAUUACCAGAACUCGUGAAAAAUGCAUUAGAUGUGGGGACAGAAAAGAAAGGAUCUAAUCAAACCUCAUUUGCAACUAAAUGGAUUGAAGCCGUAUUGAAAUAUCGAGAGGAAAUGUUACAAAUUUGGACAAACUCUUUUGAUUUGAAUCCAAUUAUUGAACAAACAUUAAUGUUUGCAAUGAGAGAUUUCAUCAAUAAUUAUAAUAAAAGAACCAGUGGUCAAAAUAACGCGAUAAACGCUCCAGAAAUUUUAUCGAUAUACAUGGAUUAUCAUAUAAAACAAUUGAACAAAGGUACUUCUGGUAAAGAGUUGACAAGUUCAGGUGAUCUGGCAGAAAAUUUAAUUAAUAAUUCAAUACAAUUCCUCAGAUUUGUUAAAGAUAAAGAUGCAUUUGAAGCUCAUUUUGCAAAUCAUUUUGCUAAAAGAUUUUUAAAUUCCAAGAAUUCUUCUUAUGGAUCAAUGAAAGGUGUUGAUAUAGAAGAUAUGGUUCUUUCAAAAUUGUGUGAGGAAAUGGGGACAUCAUCAUUAGAUAAAGUCAUUAAAAUGAAUAAAGAUAUUAAAACAUCAAAAGAUACAACAAGAGAAUGGAUGAAUAAUUCAAAUAAAACACCAAAUUCGAUGGAACUAGAUUUGAAAAUUUGUAAUGUUUCAAUGUGGCCCAAAUCAUUAACUAAAGAUUACAAAAAUACUGAAGUUAAUGAUGAACAACAAUCAUUUAAAUGGCCACGUCAAUUAAGGGAAACAAUACGAGAAUUUGAAGAAUUUUGGUUUUCUGGUAAAAAGAAUGAUAAUAAGUCAUUACAUUGGUCACCAAAAUUUGGUUCAAUAGAUAUGAGAAUCACUUAUCCUUCUAAAACUUAUGACAUUAAUUUAUCAGUAUAUGCUGCAAUUAUAAUGCUUUUAUUUGCUCCAGGCCUGUCACUUGAAGGUGAAGUAAAACUGGCUUUUGCUGAAAAGAUUCAAUAUUCAUAUAAGGAUAUAGCUGAAUUAACUGGUAUUCCAACUCAAGAAUUAAAAAGACAUUUACAAUCUAUCGCAGUGGCACCAAAGCUGAGAUUAUUAGUCAAAAUUCCAAUGACGAAAGAUGUUAAUGAGGAUGACAUAUUCAAAUUAAAUGAAAAAUUUAAAUCUCCAAGUGUUAAAGUAAAAGUUUUAACUGUUUCUAUAUCAUCAUCUUCAUCAUCUGGCUCUUCAUCAAAUAAAAAAUCAAAUGGUGAGUUAGAUGAAGUUAAUUCACAUAUUUCAGAAGGUAGAAAAAUAGAAAUUAAUGCUGCUAUUGUAAGAAUAAUGAAAUCGAGAAGAACUGUAAAACAUAAUGAAUUAAUUGAAGGAAUUGUUAAACAAUUAAGUAACCGAUUUCAACCUCUGAUGGUUUUGAUGAAACAAAGAAUUGAAGACCUAAUUGAUAAAGAAUAUUUGGAGAGGGACUCUGAUGAUAGAAAUUUGUAUCAUUAUAUAACUUAG